UCACCUGACAAAAGGCUCUUGUGUCUUGCUCAGUGCGUUGUGGAGCCUUUUGAAAACUUCAGCUAAAUUUUGGGGAGCAAGAGAGCUCUCGGCGUGACUCGGUGACGGGGGUUUGGGGCACAGGGGGAGCCCACAGGUGGUGGAAUAGGCUGAGUGUGAGCACAGAAUCCCCCUCGCCUGCUGACCCACUUGUGCACACAAGUGUCCACCAAAUAAUUGGUGAUUGUGUUUGUAACUACACAGCAUUGCCUGUUCACUGAUGGGGUGGGAAGGAGGGCUGUGCUGUCUCUCCAGCUGGGAAAGGAGAAGAUUGUUGGGAAAAUACAAUAAUUUGGAGGAGGAAUGAAGGAGGAUAUUGGUUAAGGGAUAUAGGCACGAGAUCUGGACUUAAAAGUGUGUCCUGUGGUUCUGUGCUAUGCAGAUACAAACCCAAGCCUCUUAUUGUGCUCAUCUGGUCACAAGAUAAUCUGUUGCUUCUGGGAAAGGAUCCUAGAAAUCUUCCCAAGCUUGUGUCAUGUGUAGGAGCAACAUGGUUUGGUUUCUUCAGUUGUGUUUUGAUAGACACUUUAAAAUGUGAGACCUGUGUUGAAGGUUAUGUUGGCUGUGGACUGGAUGCACCUUUGAAGGUAGAGGUGCUGGUUGGUGCACUUGAAAAGACAAGGGGAGAGAACCAAAUCUGUCCAUUAUUUAAGUUCUGCAGUGAACUUCACAUGCAUAAUUCAUUAGUGCACAUUUUUCAGCCAUCAGUUGUUCUAUUUUCCCCACUGCUGGUUAGUUCAAGACUUUAACUCCCUGACCCUAAAGAGCCGUUGAACACCAAGCAUUGCCUUCAAUAACUGUUGGAAAAAGCAUUUUCAGGAAUAAUUCCCAAUGUAAAGUUGGUAUUGACAAGGACUCUCAUUUAUAAUUUGGGGUAAAACUAGAGUAACUAAUUUCUAAUGAUGAUGAGUUUGUUUCUGUGCUUGUCAAGGCCCCACAGGACGGAGCUGUACGAGGACCCCCCGUCAGGAUGUUGGCCUAUCGUGUAUUCUCCAGACUACAACAUCACCUUCAUGGGACUUGAGAAACUGCACCCCUUUGAUGCAGGGAAAUGGGGAAAAGUAAUCAAUUUCUUGAAAGAAGAAAAACUAAUUGCAGAUGACUUGGUUGUACAGGCACGGGAGGCGACUGAUGAAGAUCUGCUGGUGGUUCACACGAGGCGCUACCUUAAUAGAUUAAAGUGGUCCUUUGUUGUGGCUACCAUCACAGAAAUCCCACCUGUUGCCUUUCUUCCCAAUUUUGUUGUUCAGAGAAAAGUUCUGAGGCCUCUACGAACCCAGACGGGAGGAACAAUAAUGGCAGGAAAACUGGCUGUGGACAGAGGCUGGGCCAUCAACGUGGGGGGUGGUUUCCAUCACUGUUCCAGUGACAAAGGUGGAGGGUUUUGUGCAUAUGCUGACAUCACACUGGCCAUCAAGUUCUUAUUUGAGAGAGUACCAGGGGUGUCUAAAGCCACAAUUAUUGAUCUGGAUGCUCAUCAGGGAAAUGGCCAUGAGAGGGACUUUAUGGAUGAUCCUCGGGUGUAUAUUAUGGAUGCCUACAACAGAUACAUUUAUCCAGGGGAUGGCUUUGCUAAACGUGCCAUAAAACGCAAAGUGGAGCUGGAGUGGGGCACAGAGGACACAGAGUACCUUCAGAAGGUGCACACCCACGUGGAGGGAGCACUGAACGAGUUCAAACCUGACAUCCUGGUUUAUAAUGCUGGCACUGACAUCCUGGAUGGGGAUCCCUUGGGAGGCCUGGCCAUUUCCCCCCAGGGCAUUGUGAAGAGGGACGAGGUGGUGUUCAGGGCCGCGCGGCGCCGCAGGAUCCCCGUGCUCAUGGUGACGUCCGGCGGGUACCAGAAGAGGACGGCGCGGAUCAUCGCCGACUCCAUCCUCAACCUGCACAGCCUGGGGCUCAUCCACGGCCAGCUGGCAGCCAGGGGGGCUGCACACCCCAGCCUGGAGCAGAUGGUCAGGGACUCUGCAAAAGACUUGGGCAACUUGUCCCUGCAGUGAUGAGUUCCCAGUUUUAGUGCAAUAACCCGGCAGAGCCAGCUCGGUCUAACUCCUGCGUCCGUCCCGGGAAAGGCAACACGUCCUUCUAAGCUAACAGACCUGCUCUCAGAGGUACUGUCUUUGUGUCUGACAUUGCUGUAGAAAGCUUUACUUGCCUCUCUGAUUGCUGUUAUGUUGAAAGAACUAUGCAGUUGGCAUCCAAAGACUGUCCCAGACCUGUUUCAGAUGGUGCGGCUUUGUCUGUGUGGGGGGGAAAUAUGGACUAAACCCACUGUUUCUUGGGUUUUUUUAGAUACUGCAUUUUAUUUAUUGCUUUUUUAAUGGAUUGUUGUUGUAAAACGUGUUCUGUGCAGACUUCAGUGUCAGUUUAACACUAAAGUUAAGUGCAAUACUGUAAAAACCAGUGCAGUUGGAGGGCUUUGAAGCCAUAGCCUGUAAGAAGGAAAGGCCAUUAAUUUAUAGUUUAUUCCUGUUGUUGAUAGUGACUUAAAUCUUACUUAUAAGCACCUUGAAAAAUAGGAAACACCUUUGGCUCUAUAUGCAAAUGAGCCAUAAGGGCUCAACAUGAACAGUCUGGUGUUUGCCUCUCUGAAAAUGAGCCCUGCAUGUGAAAGGGAAUAGUUCCUGUGCAUUGUGACUCACAGAGUAAAGAAACUACAGGCAAAUCAAAGCUAAUGGUAGAGUUCUGAGCAGCCUCGCAGCAAAAACUAUGUAGAAAUUCAGGUUAUCUCUACUAUUUCCAGCUUGGCAUGUACAAAACAGUGAUAGGUACAUUGAAAUUAUUUUUUUCCCCGACUAGUGCUGUGUUUUUCACCUGCUCAGAGAGUAAUGGUACUUAUAGUUGCAGUCGUAGUUGGUAAGCAAAUUGUUCAUUAUUACUGUUCAUCUAAGAAUACAGUGGCAUUUCUACAUGAAGUUAAUGUGCUAACUUUAUAUGGAGCUUCUAGGAGGAUUUGGGAACAAAAUAGUGUAUUCCAAGCAAAUUCAGUGCACUACUUGUAAAGUUUGGCUUUGUUUAAGUUGGUAUAUUUUGCAUUGUAGCAGUGGGUUGUAAAUGUACUAAAUUGUAUAUUUUGCAAAAGCUUUUAUAACUUCUGAGUAUUCACUGAUUUGUACUACAAGUUUCAUGUCAUGUCUAUGUUUGAGCUUUCCUGGGAAGGAACACCAAGAUUUUGCUCGUAGUAGAGUUGCUGUCUAAGCUAUUUAAGGAAUGUUUAAUGCUAAUUAUAAUACUUACCUCACUUAGUGUUCAUGUUUAGAUGGGGUCUGUCAGUUGUAAGAAUUGCACAAUUGCUAUAAAUAUCUGCUUUAAGCCAGAUUUGACAUGUUGCACUAAGCUUAAGUUGCUACACUGGGAUUAAAAAGCACUUUUAAAUUUCUUACUAGAAGGACCAUCAGAGUACGACUAAUGUUGAGAUUUAUUUUUUCUAUACUGUCUGACGUUACUGAAAGAUGUUGUUAUUCUUUCAUAUGAUUUUUAUAAAAUUAUAAAUUACAUUUCUAUAACCUAAACCUGUCAUAGCACCAUAUGGUCUUUCCCCUGAGCAUCUUCUGUUUGUGUUAACAUGUUUCUAUAAUUUUCCCUUGGUGGAGAUUAAAAUGAUGUUGAACAAUG